GGUAUAAAGUAUAGUCAUGACAGAUAAAGUCUGUUUCAACAAUUCAAAAAUGACUUUCAGCUGGUGCUUCACUUGGAGUAGCUUUGGUCUCGACAGGUAUUGGCAUGGCCAUAUACUUUAAUGGUGCCUAUAAGUGUAGGAUGGCUGCUGCAAGCCUUAAAUUAACUGCACAGUAUAUGAAGGAUCUGGCUCAAAGAAAGCGAACAUUAAUGGAAGAGUAUAAAUCAAAAUUUAGCACGACAUCUAUCGAGCUUAGUAAUUCCAAAGCGAAAACUGACCAUCUUGCUAAGACUGCAAACAUUGAUAGACUUUUCACAGAGUGUAUAUCAGGCUUAGAAUUUCCCAUAAAAAAGGAUUUCAAGACCGAAUUUCAUCUAUUAUUAUCACAAGGCGAUUAUUUACAAGGCAUAAAAAAGAUGUUCCAGGAAUGUGAAGAGUAUGGAGCUACCAAUGAGGAACAUAAUGCUGUUUACCUCGAAAAUCAAGCACGUAGACUUCGAUCAUUAUCAGAGGAAUUUAAAAAAACGGGAUCUUUAUGGGGCGCUGCAUCCGCUAUUGUAGGAAUAUUGUUUGCACCAUCUACAUAUGGUGCUUCCCUUGGAGCAGGUUUGGUCUCGGCAGGUAUUGGCAUGGCUUUAAAUGGCGCAAACGAGUGUGAGAUGGCUGCUGCAAGCCUUAUAUUAAAUGCACAGGAUAUGAAGGAACUGGCUCAAAGAAAGCGAAAAUCAAAUGCAGAGUAUGAAUCAAAAUGUAGUACUAUCGAGCUUAGAAAUUCCAAUGCAGAGAUUGACCAUCUUGCAAAGACAUAUGACGGGCUUGCCAGCCUUGAAGGACUUCUCACAGAGUGUUUAUCAGAAUUCGAACGUGCCAUUCAUAUAACAAGGGAUUUUGAGAACGUAGUUCAUCGGACAGUAUUACAAGGCGAUUCCUUUCAACUCUUAAAAGAGGUAUUCCAGGAACAUCCAGAGGAACAUCACGACGAAACACAUGAGCAAAUGCAAAAACUGAAGUUUAAGUGGUUUUUACUGGAGAAAAUGAUUCUCAUCAACAGUGAUCGCCAUGGCAUAACGUUUUAAAACAAACACACCUGGUUACAAAGAGACAUUUGAGUUUUCCUAACUGAUGUAACUUACAUGUUUGAAACUGUAAAAGUGUUUGAACAGAAACAAAACACCUACCAGCUAUUAAAAUUCUGGUAAAUACUUGAAGGUACGAUGUAUAUAUAUGUAAAUAUUGAUAUCCCGUUUUUACAGCCUUUUAAUUAUGUUGUAUACUAUAUAGUAUUUUACUCUCUACAGUUUUCUUAAAUAGUUUUAUUGACCUUUAGUAAAAGAGUGUCAUGGGUCAUUUAGGUUUAGCUUGUAAACAUAUGAAAAUGAUUCUUAU